AUGGGAGGCUUUUACCAAAUCAAGACUGGACAAGUAGCAGAUACAUCACAGCCCAUCAAGUGUCAAAAAUGCAACAAUGGAACCUACGUCACCCCAGCUGCUCACCCUGGUAUCAGCCCUGCAGAUUGCACCGUGUGUCCUACAGGUACCAAUAAAAGUCUCCAUGCAGGGUUCCGCGCAUGCUUUUGUCUCGAUAAGUACUACCGGAAAGAUCGGUUUGAUGAGUGUUAUCCUUGCCCAGACGAAGGUCUUGACUGUUCAGAGGAGUAUCAACACCUCUUACCUGGAUUCUGGUGGACUUGGGACUGGGGCUCAAACGACAACUACAAAGCAUAUCAACAUUUCGUUGUAAACAUCAGGAGCAGAAGUGAUUCCUUCAAUAGCAGCACGCAGCAUUUUAGGGGAGUGGUGCCUAAGGUACAUCCGUGUCCACGUAAGGAGUCUUGUUUGAAUGAAGGUGAUGGUAUCAAUGUCACUUGUGAGGUUGGUUAUGAAGGUUGGCUUUGCUCUGAAUGCAGUGUGGGGUACUAUGCGUGGUUUGAUCGUUGUAAUGUGUGCCCAAAGUGGUGGUGGUUCUUACUUGAAGUCGUUCUGUUGUUGGUAGUGUUGGCAGUGGUAAUACUCGUCAUCGCUUGGGAUGUGCGGAGAAAUCGGAGAAGAGGACGGUCAGCCAUUGAUGUGAUCUUUGCUCGGGGGAAAAUCUUGCUGGGUUUCUAUCAGGUAAUGGGCGAGAUAUUCUCUGCCCUUGACGAAAUUCCCUGGCCAAAUAUUCUUAACAAGUUUGGGUCUUUUUUGAAACUACUGGAGAUGAAUAUUGUCCAACUGGUCAUCAGUCCCCGCUGCUACUUUCCAGACUUCACCUACCGCAAUGUGUACAUUGAGUAUUUGUUUGGGAUGAGCUUAGUUGCAUUUGUUAUGUUGGUUGCAUUGUGUUUCUAUUGGGUCUCGAAGUGCUACAUGUACUUGGCGGCAAAGAAAUACACCGAUGAAGAACGUAUCAAGGUUUCAUCAACUACGAAGCAGAAAUGUUACCUGUUUGUCGUUAUGCUUCUCUUUGUGUCAUAUCCUGGCCUGUCCAGUGUUAUCUUCACCCUCUUGCCUUCUGGCUGCGACCUGUUCUAUCUUGAUGAGAAUGAAACAUACAAUUCUACAAGACUUCGAUCAGAUUACUUUAUUGAUUGUCAAGAUGAGCAGCAUGUUCAUUUCAACCAUGCUGCCGAGGCUUCUCUCUGUUACGUUGUUGGCUUUCCGUCCUUGCUGUUUGUAUUUCUGUGGAGAAGCAACAGACAAGACAAGAGGAAAAAUUCGCUGGAGCAGCCUCUGGUUGAAUCGUCAGUAAAUGAUCCCAGUUACUACAGUGUCAAUAAUCCAACUAUGUCGACAGUAAAUGAAGAUGAUUCCUCACUUAAUCAAUCAUGCAUCAACCUCCUAAAUCCCAUACAGCAAAGUCAGGCGGAUAUCAGCUGGAAAAAUUUCCUCAGUGGAAACUACAAAGCAGAGUUCUGGUAUUGGGAAAUUGUUGAGCUCUCUCGUAAGAUAAUUCAAACACUGUUUGUGCUGCUGUACGGCCCAGAUGAUCACUUCACCAUGUUUGCAACCAUCGCCAUAUCUGUUGGGUUCCUGCUCCUACAUGCAUAUGUGAGACCAAUGAAAGAUGCCACCGAUAACCGACUACAGAUGUGUUACCUGGCAACAAUCUUCCUGAAUCUCUUGGCAGCUUCCUUGCUCCUCUCAACUGGAGGUAGCACAGGGAGAACCGAAGUCCUUGCGGUUAUCCUGGUUCUGAUGAACUUCAGCAUCAUUGUUUUUGUCAUAGUGAGUCUUCUCUGGAUUGUGAUGAAGUCACUGUGGCGCCGUGGGUGCUGUAGCAGUAUGGCAGCAUGCAUUGCUAAAGCCUGUUGCUGGUGCUAUCGACACGAGUCAUUGGAUAGGCAAGGCAACGACAUUCAUCUCAUGAUGACCAGCGUGAGUUAUCAUUCGUUUGAUGUUGACGAAGACUAUGCAGAAAUGCCUUUUGAAGAUAUCAUAUCAGAACAUUAUCACAAGGUUGAGUAA